CCAGAAAGCUCUAUCGGACUACUGGAAACUUCUAAGCGUGCUGAGACAUCACUACAAUGACGCUCACUCACACAGGACUUACUAGAGAAGUACUCGCGUACACAGCGCCACAUCCACCAGUGAAAGAGUUUGUACCCCCAAAAGAUCGCGCGUUCUAUGCGGAAGCAUCGAAAUCGAAACUGCUGUCUGCAGCUACAUCUGUCAAGAAUCUCACACCUUACAUCGGCACUGAAAUUACGGGUGUCCAACUAGACCGACUCACGCCCGCUCAAAAAGAUGAAUUAGCACUUCUCGCAGCAGAGCGAGGCGUAAUUUUCUUCCGCAACCAGAAUAUUACAAUCGAUCAACAGUACGAGCUCACGAGGCAUUACGGUCUCCAAGAUCGCGAUCCCAAUCAAGUCAACCCCAGACAUGUGACCAUCUUGGGACGUGAUGACGAUAUUCGCGCCUUCGCGAACUACGGGGCAGAUUUCCAUUCGGAUCACUCCUUUGAGGCAAACCCUCCAGCGUACACCAUGCUUCGUUUGAUCCGCACUCCCGAUACUGGCGGCGACACCAUCUGGACAUCUCAAACAGCUUUAUACGAUAAGUUGAGCUCACACUUUCAAAAGUUUAUCGAUGGACUCCAGGCCGUGCACACAUCGGAGCACGGCUAUGUCAACGCAAUCAACCGCGGGACGCAACCCUUCCGUGGACCAGUCAGGCGCGCACAUCCACUCGUUCGGACGCAUCCCGUAACAAAAGUGAAGAGUCUGUUCUACAACCCAGCUUUCAUCAUCCAUCUCGAGGGUCUGAAAGGAGCAGAGUCGUUACACGUGCUCAACUUCUUGCGCGAUCACCUACACACGGCGGACGAUCUGACAGUGCGCUGGAAAUGGGAGCCUGGUAGCGUCGCAUUCUGGGACAACCGAGUUGUUGCACACCGCGCAGUUCCAGGAGGAUACAAACCCGAAGAGCGCGAAGGAAAACGUACAGCGAUUUUUGGAGAGCGUCCGUACUUUGAUCCUGUGAAUAGUGUCAAGCUGAGCGACUAUCGUGGUAAGCCCACCUAUGAUGAAGAUGAAAAGAUAAGCGAGGCGGAUGCUAUUGCGACUAACGGCGUGCAUAACGCAAAUGUAAAUAGUGUGAAUGGAGCGAAGACGUCGAAGGACAAUGCCGAGUGCCUAAAUGAGACCAGCGCAAAUGUCGGACCUUGAUAUAUCGACAGGUUUAGGUUAUGGGCGUGUACAGGCCACUGCACAGUGCUCGCGACUCAUACAGUAUGUUGCACGAGCACGAGGAUGUUCCCUAGGGAGAACUGCCUAGAUAGCCUACAUAUCACUCCCGAUAGCCGGUCCUGAACUUGCAGACU